AAUUUAUUUAGCUUGCAAAUUAUAUAGCUUGCAGCGCGCUGUGCAUUGUUGACACCCUGUAUUAACAUUAUCCUUAGAUUGGGCCCCACUCUUCAGACUUAGCGCAUACUUAGGAUGGAUUCAAGUUUUACUUUCGUUCGAGGAUCGGUCUCUCGUCUCUCCAGUUCAGGUUUGUCGCUUCGCGUUCCCGUCUACCUAUAGAUACUCGUCGCAAAUCGUUCUACUGUAGGCGAAUGAUUCCUUAUCGGGCAUUAACAUAAUCGAUGUUUUGUUACGUGUUAUCCAUUAUCAUUAUGUGCGAUAGUGUUGAAAAAAUGACGAUACGUGCGAGAAGAUCACUAAUCAACAGUAUAUUUGUCUUUUUUGCGCGAUCACAGCCCCGAGUAACAGCUUCCAUCGCUUUAUAUGGGUACUAAUCAUGGGAACAGAGAACGUUACAUAAGAGAAUCACAAAACAACCAGGAAGAUCCUAAAUGUCAAACAGAUCUCCUCUUAAGAUCGGACGAAUUUGUUCCAUUUAUGCACAGCAUACUACAUCGUUUUGAUAGCAAAAAAAUACUUAACUAUUGGUUGCCAGAAACGACUAACGGGAUGUUACUUGAGUGAAGCGACGAAUGAAUUUAACAUGAACGACGAACAAUAGGACAAGUAAAAUGAGGCGAAAUACCAUCCUCUAUACAAGGUCUCGCGAGGUUCAUUGCAGCUCUUGCGAUAAAUGUUGAAGCAAGUCACGCGAUCCGCUUCGUAUCGGUGAAUCCGUUUCUUUCUUCUAGUAACGAAAAGGCUAAUUUAUCAGGAAAAUCAUGCGAAUUCUACUCGAACUCUUCUCGUGUUUUUAUCGCGUGAAAGAUUAGUUAUACAUGUAGUUCUAUAUACAUAAUAUGCAACGGCGAGAAAUUCUAAUUCGAACGCGCCCAACCCUAUAAUUGUGUUUUUAAUGGUUGAUCCUAUCGCGUCAUUGUCGAGUUAGGAAAUAAGACAACCAUUGAAUUUACAUGACAAUUAUUAGGUAACAUGAUGGUGCACUGCCAUAUAAUAGAAGUUACAUACGAUUUCUCACGAGUUCGCCUUAAGUGGAAGUUGUAACCCAUGGGGUUUCUAGCAUUCUAUUAGAUAUAUAUUCUCACAAUGUUAAUGCUCAGUAGACUCGUAAUACCGCGAAACUUUUGUAUGGCGUUAAUUAAAUGUAUUUUCUGCUCUUGGAAUAAUAAAAAUUGCUUUCGGAUUUGUAAAACAUCCUCAGGUACUUAAUUCAGCAAUAAACACUCUCUACAGCAAAAAGUAGACCAUUCCUUUCCGCUCUCACGAUACUGAAAGCAUUUGGUUCAUGCAUAGUUCCAGCCUUAUUACAGAUAAUUGAUGACGCCCGUAUAAUGAGAUUACUCUUGGAGAAACUAUGCAUAAUAAUAGAACUGCUGUAAGAAGUUGUACUUGGUAUUGAGCAAGCCUUUUCGGUUCUCACAGCUUUUCUUUUAAACGUCUAUGACUGCUAUUAAGUUUUCUAUGCGUUUAAUUCAAUAAUAUUUCGUAUUAGAAAUAAUUCAAAUAAUAUACUUCAUUACAAUCGAUUAAAAAACUUUAUUGAACCAUUUGUAAUUUUACGUAAGAACAAGUCUAUAUUUCCUAUCUUUAGAUUCCGAUUCACAGAUUCCUUGUCAUGCUCGUAUUCGCCGAAGGUACGAUUCUACCGUCAAAUAUGUUGCGAGACCUUGGUAAGCGUACGAACAUUUCAAUGGAAAAGUACAAUCAAGCAGAACGAGCGAUUCUGAACUCGCGUACGCACUUAAAUUACGGUUCGCCGUCGUGGUUCCUCGGUGCGUCGCAUGAAAUGACCGAGCACGCUCAAAACCUGUCAAGGAAAGCUUUACGGAUCGAAGCGAUGGCAGUAACGUUGGUAGAAGCUUUGAACAUGUCAUCGAAAGAAGCAUCCUCCAUGUUAACGUCCGUAGCCGCUAUCAAUUGUCCAGGGUCUUCUACGUUCUUGGAAGUGAUGGCCAGUUGUAAAAAUGUAGAUCCUCGGUACAGAACGCACAGCGGAAAAUGUAAUAAUGGGUUGCACUCAACAUGGGGCGCAGCUUUGGAAGCUUACGUGCGUUUUUUACCACCCGAGUACAUCGACGGUGUUUCUCUGCCACGUACGGAUCUGCCUAGCGCCAGGGAUGUUUCCUUGAAAGUACAUUCCGGUGGAUCGGACGUUAAACAUCCAUAUCUAAUGGCGCUUACUGCAUUGUUCGGUCAAUUUCUAAUUCACGAUCUCGCGCACACGCCAAAGAUGGAACUGCCCGAUGGUGCCAAGUUGAAAUGCUGCAAUGUCGGUUACGAACAUUUUCAUCCAGAAUGCUUUCCGAUUCGUGCCGACAACGCAAUCGGUUGCAUGGAAUAUUCUAGGUCCGCGCCACACCCAGGAAAUUCACUACAGGGGUGCAAAUUGGGUCCUCGGCAACAAAUCAACCAAGCUUCAUCGUAUUUAGACCUCUCCCCAUUGUACGGAAGUUCAGAAGAAGUAGCAAAGGCUCUGCGAUCCGGCAGGGGCGGUUUACUUAAUACGCAAAGAAAAAACUUGCCGAUGCCUUCAUUAAAAUUGGAAAGUUGCCGAAGCACGAGCAAAGCAUUCCCGUGUUUCUUCAGUGGGGACUCACGGAUAAACGAAAAUCCUGGCCUAACUUUGAUGCAUGUACUUUUCCUGCGCGAACACAAUCGAGUCUCCACGGAGUUGGGUCGAUUGAAUUCUCAUUGGGACGACGAGAGACUUUACCAUGAAGCAAGGAGGAUUGUUAUCGCGGAAAUGGAGCAUAUAACUUAUAAUGAGUUUCUACCUGUUGUUCUCGGCGAAACAACUCUCGACAAAUACGAGCUGCGCUUAACGCAUCGAGGCUACUUUCGGGGCUAUAACAAACGAACGGAUGCGACACUUUCGAACGUUGCUGCGUCUGCUGGGCUCUUCUUCAUUGCCACGCUGACCCCAAAAACCUUCGACCUAGUUGACUCGCGAUCGGCGUUGAAGUCUGGAGAAAGGUCUUUACUAUCGGCCUUCUACGCUCCGCAAGAGAUCUAUGAAGCUGGUGCUAUUGAUCGUUUAAUCGCUGGCGCUACAGCGGGACAUUCUAGGAAGCCAUCACCACCGGGACUAAAUGAAAUCCUGCUGGAACGAUACUUUCAUGAUGGAAAGAGCAAUGAUAUCGCUGUGGAUUAUGCUGCACAAAUCAUACAACAGGGAAGGGACCACGGUUUGCCGCCCUAUGUCAGGUGGCGAACAUUCUGCAAUUUACCAAACACCGCUAAUUUCGAAAGUCUCAGAGGAACGAUGACCAAAGAUACUAUAGAAAGAUUACGAAAUGUUUAUAGGAAUAUACAGGAUAUAGAUUUAGUGACAGGAUUACUUUCGGAGGCACCUUUAUCCGACUCAGUUUUAGGACCUACAUUUCUAUGUUUAUUGGGUCGCACUUUUCGGAAUAUUCGUUCUGGUGAUAGAUAUUGGUAUGAAAAUGCAAACAGUCCGGGAUCGUUUACCUUAAGUCAAUUAGAAGAAAUUCGGAAAGUAACAAUGGCACAGAUUUUAUGCUACAAUGGUGAAAGAAUACAUUGGAUGCAACCUAGAGCGUUUCUUCUGAGAGAUCGAUUUUUGAACGAAAUGAUAAAUUGCACGGUACACAUGAGUGGAUCACCAAAUCUUUUUCUUUGGAAAGAAAAAAACGAUUCUUACAUCGGGAACGUUGUACUUUGCGGAUGACUACCUACACGGUGACGAUCCUCGAAUUAGUAAUGAUCUCCAAAAUGCAAUGUGCCCAAUACACCGGUAACCGCUAGAAGAUAUGUUAGCAUUUGGAGUUUUAAGAGCAUAUUGCGCCUGAGAUUCACAGGCGAUAUGCUUUAUCUACUAUCAGGUGCAAUUUUUAGUUGCUGCUAAUUAAAAACUGGAGCCUCGGACACAAUUUGUUCAUUCUUGAGUUUUGCCAUACUUUAACUUUUAGAAUUACCUCUUAAAACUGUUCCCAUCAGUAGCCGAACAUCUUGUAUAGUUAAAAUAUUGUUAAAUAUUGUUGUUUAUAUAAUUGUAUAACUGUUAUGAGGACAUUUAACAUUACAAAAUUCAUACAUUUUAUUUUCUGCUCGAAACAUAUUAAAAUAUUUUGUAACUGAAAAUUAUCAAAAUUGAUAAUUUACAAAUGUUGUUAUAAGUGAGUCGCCUAAUUCGAUUGGAAAAUGGUGAAAUCAUAAUUGAAGUAGCAGCUUCUUACAGGAGUGGAAAAUCAACAGUUUAUGACAUAAAGAGACGAAGCGUGAAACCAUGAAUUGUAGCGAGGCUUCAACGAAAUUCAUACGAAAAAGUAUAAAAUUUGCUACCGAUAAAAUCCUUUAUAUGACUGUAUAUGAAUGGUUUUGUCAAAAAAGAAGAGGAGAACUGAGAAAUUUAUAGCAUCAGAGACGGAUAUCAGAUAGUAUGAAGCCCAAAUAGAAAAUGCUCCUGUUGAAUUAUGAACAUAAGAAAAAUGUGCAAUUUAAUAGCACAAAAAAUUGAGAGAACAAAGAUAAUUAAAACAAAUCAGAGUAACGCGAGUAAAAUGUAAUAUUUGAAAUAUAAGUUUCUCUGUGAAAUAUAUAUUAAUGAUGUACCGCUCGAUUAUCCGAAAAAUUUGAUUUGCCGACCAUCUUAACUGCAAUUAGUUAGUUCAGAUAAUCGUAGUUCUACUAUAUUACAUAAUAAGCAUACCUAUAAUUAAAUAAGUAUACAUACAUAAAGUUA